GAGAGAGAGAUACUUUGCUUGCAUCUGCACAAAAAGGGCACAAGACUUUGCUUCAUUGGCUUCUGCUCACAUGCUACGUAAACAAAUGAGCAUCGCAAAGUCUUCCAUUCCAAUGCAUAGUUCCUGGUAUUGAUUCAGGAGACCUAAUCCAAAAGAAAAGAAAAGGUAAUGCUGGCGAAGUAGGCAGACAGACGAUCAGUUGCCGCCAGGGAUUUCAGAGGAUGGAGCAUCUAAUCAAGCAGACAAGAAAAAGGUUUUCGGAACCAAAGCCGGAAGAUAUCAGCAGGAGCAGACAAACUAGCACGGUACAGCAACAAACGGAUUCUUCAGAACGAGAUCAGAAGACACAGAACCAGUUCGCGAGGCAGUUUUCUGGCCAAAUGAGUUCGGAUCAUGGCUAUGGGGACAGCGAGUAUGCCAGUGCAGUCGCAGCCGCUGCAUUUGCUAUAUGUUCCCUUGAAGGAACUGAGGUAGGAAAGAGAACAAAGGUGAGAGAGGACUUUGCAUCCUCCCGGAAUAAGAUUAAGAGCAGAACGGUCGAUGUCAAGAUGGGACCGAAAACCGAAAGAGUAACCAGGCAAUCCUCAAAUGUGGAAGCAGAAGCUUCCGUGAAAAAGUCGCCAUCUACUCCCAUUACCCCAAAACUGAAGGAGAACCGAUCAAAACAGAGUAGAAAGGAAGCUAAAGCGGAUGCAUGGGAGAGAGCUCAGAUUGAAAUGAUUAGAAAGAGGCAUGAGAAUUUGAAGUCCAGCAUCUUUUCAUGGGAGAAUGAGAAGAAAACAAGAGCCAAACAUUCUUUUGAAAGGAAAAGGAAUGAGCUUGAGCAGAGAAGGUCAAGGAAUCAACAGCAUUACCAAUAUAAGGUAGCAAGAAUUGAUCAUAUGGCACGCGAAGCAACAGCACAAGCAGAGGAGAAAAGAAGAACUGAAGAAUCUCGAGUUAAGGAGAAGGCAAAGAAGAUCAGAUCAGGAGAAGCACCUUUCACAUGUUUCUGCUUUUAAGUCUACUUAAUAUGCACAACAGGAUUCACUUGUGGAUUGAUGAUAAGCAAAUACUUCAUGUAUUGGGUAGUCGUUUCAAUUGUACUGUAUAAAGUUUGAACUCUGAUGCAGAAUAGUAAAUCCACAAAACAA